AGGAUGCAAAAUCAAAGAUUUGAGGGCGCGGACAAACACAUACAUCAAGACGCCCAUGCGCACCCAGUCUCCGGUGUUCGUGGUCACGGGCAAAGAGGAAGCGGUGCUCCAUGUCAUCGACGAGAUACAGAGUGCCGCCGAGCACUUCACUCACAUUCGUGCCUCUCGCAACCACCACAAAACCGCCGGCGGCCUCGACGCCACCAAACCGGUGAGCCGCGAAGGCGACGUCAUGAUACAGGUCACCGUGCCUUACAGGGUUGUGGGCCUGGUCGUGGGGCUCAAAGGACAAACCAUCAAGGCCAUUCAGCAGGACACGGAUACGUUCAUCGUGACGCCCAACAGGGACAAGGCUCCCAUCUUCGAGAUCAGAGGCCAGCCCGAGAACGUGGAGAGGGCUAAAAUGAUGAUACUGCGACACAUCGAAACCCGCACACGACACUGCCGGCUUCAGGACACCACCAACCUGCCGGCGAACUGGAAUGAUGAUCUGAAACACAACGGUAACGACUACUCAUACUACAGCAAUGACGCACUACUUCAGAACGGAAACGGCUCCAGCAACAUGUCCCUCAACAGCAACUUCAGCAGCAAAGGGAGCCUACCUAACGGAAACUCGUCAAACGGAAACGGCACGGGAUUUUCGUUUUCGUCAGUGAGCCCACCAACGAACGGGAACUACAACUGGCGUGGAUACAGCAGCUUGAUUGAUCAGCAGCCUCAGAAUGGGCCGAUCACAACUUGGAGCAAUGCAACUUCUGAUUACUCGCCCAUGCCGGGCACGGGCAUUUCCGGGAUUUCCGGGUCCAACAACAUCGCGAACUCUCUAAGGAGCGGCAACAACUUUCAGUACAGCAUGUCCCUGGGUAGCAUCCCGUCAUCUUCCAACAGCUCUGCCAGCAUUUCACCGCCUCAAGAUUACUUAAACGACUGCCCCUUUUCCAGCUACAGCCUGUGCAACCCUUUUGGGGGGUCUCUGAGCAGCCCAUCCAUGAGGAGCAUGAACGAUACCGCGGAUGCUUUCCCGAACUUCUUGUCGACGGCCUCGUCCACCUCCACCAAAGGUAGCCUGGUGCUGGGCAACUUAUUCCAGUCGAGCAGUAAUGUCACUUCUAGCCUGAGUAUGAGCCUGAUGAGCAGUAAUGAAGGCGUCGGUGGGCUCAAAAGUGGAGCGUACGAAGACCGAGGUGGCUUCCCUGGCCAUCUAAACUGCAAUUCUUUGGGAUCCUUCCAAAGCGGCCUUGGCGAUUCAGGUCUGUUUUCUGGACAGUUGAAUGGCUUCCCCAGCGGCAACUCGAGUCCUACUAGCAAGAGUUGUUCUCUGAGUGAGGCGUCGGGAUCACAAGGUUCUCCCACACCAAGAUUAUGUAAAGUUUGCGAGGAAGCCGAAGUAGUGGCAGCACUUGUGCCCUGUGGUCACAACCUCUUCUGCAUGGAAUGUGCUGAAGGUAUUGUCAACAAGCCGAUGGACGGUGACAGGAAAUGUCCCGUCUGUAAGGAUCCCGCUGCGGAUGUCCUCCGCAUCAGGGCUUGAGUAGUCUGUAAGGUUGUUCACGGGGAUUAAGAUUGUUUUUUUUUAUAACUAGCCCUAUAUAUUAGUCUGUAGGAAGGUUAACAUUUUUAUUGGAGUAUUUCUAUCAAUUUUUUCAAAGUAUUACAAGUGUCUGAUUUUUAAUUUUAAAAUAAUUAAAUAAAAAUUGUACAGGGAGAGAAUAUCUUGUUUAUUUUGAGCCCAUGGCCCCGUUGAACAAGGCAGAAGAAAUCUUUAUGAUAUUUUUAAACUCUCAAGUUUAUACCCAUGUCAAGAGACUGUUAGAGUCUAGAAUAUUUAUGAAAAAUUAUUAUGUAACAAAAAUAGUAUUUAAAACCUAGAUUCUGUGAAUAAAGGUUACUUAAAGUAAACAUUAAAGAUAGAUAUUUAAUAAAUUCUUGAAACAAAUCCUAGCUUCCAGUAUUGUUACAUUGUAUAUAUCCAAUAUAAUUAUAUAUAUAUACAUACAUACAUAUAUAUAUAUAUAUAUAUAUAGUUGAUGUACAUAGACUGAAUAAGCUGCCUAUUUUAUCAAUAUGUUGAUAAGUAGAUGCAUGUAUGCAUUCUUUCCGUUAUAAUUUCUAGCUAAAAGGCAUUUAGCUAUUUUUUUUAUUUUUUUUAAAUUUAUUUUUUUAAGAAGAAAAUCCAGCUAUGAAAUCCAAAAAUUAAGGAUUUAUUUCUUUUUAUUUUUUUCUUUUCAAAAUGUUUUUUAAAAUUCAAAUAUUUUAAAAAGAAUUUUUUUUUGUUCUUUGUUUUGAUAUGUUGUUUUAUCCCAAAAUUUUUGUCUUAACAAAUAAAAAAAGGUUAAUUUUCUUUUCACGCUUUUCGUUAAUGAAACCUUAAUGAUGAAAUUCCUUCGGGGUGCUUAGGACGUUGUUAAAGGUCACAGAAACCUGUUUAUGUAAUAGGCUGGUGACACCAGGAUGGAUGGUUGGUGGCCAUGGGGUGUAACUGCCUGACUUGAAACACACACAAAACUAAUCUAAAGGUGUAGAAUUCGCAAAGGGUUUUAGAAUUUAUAUAUACUCUUUUAAAAGUCUUUGGUGUAUGUCUAAGGUUUCUCUUGGCUUUGGCUAUUUAAAAAGCAUGAAAUAUUCCAUUGCUAACAGAUGCUUGUUGAGGGAUAUAAACCUUUACAGCUUAAACUAAGUUUAUUUUCUUUUUUUUUUUUUUUAUUGAAUUUUGAAAUUUUGCAAUGUUAAUUAUUUUGACAAAUGCCAACUGUAUCAUUUAAGAAACUGUUUUCAUUAGUUGAAAAAUGGCUCAUGACAUCUGCAGAGCAAGAUUAGCUCAGAGAAAGAAGAAAAAAAUUUAUUUUUUUUUUUUUUUUUUUUAUUUAAUUUUUAAAUUUUGUAAUUUUAAUUAUUUUGAUAAAUGCCAACUGUAUCAUUUAAGAAAUUGUUUUCAUGAGUUGAAAAAUGGCUCAUGACAUCUGCAGAGCAAGAUUAGCUCAGAGAAAGAAGAAAAAAAAAAAAGAAGUACUUACCAAUUCCUUUUAUUUGUUUUAAAAAAAAUCAAAUUUUGCCUUGUAUUAUUUAUUUUUUUAUAUGGCAAUGUGUUAAACUGUAUAAAAAAAACCUCUUUAUAAAAUAUCAUUGACAAUGAAUCUCACUGAAUGUUUACAUGGACAAAACAAGGAAGCAGGGAGUACAAGCUUUUUUAAAAAAAAAAAACAUCAAUAUUUUUUCAUAAAUGUCGGCGAAACAAAUAAAUUUGACUGAUUGAUACAGAAUAACUGAAGGAGUAUAUAAAUAUAUAUUUAUAUUUACAUACCUGUAUGAGAAUUUUCAUCAACAUAAUCAACUUCAUUAGUAGGCCUACUAGUUAAAAUAGUCUGCCAAAUUUUAUAUUUAUCACUUAAAACAAUAUAUAUAUAUAGAUCUAUAAAAAUUUAUUUUAAUUAUUUUUUUAAAACUAAAACUUUUUUUUUUUCAACAUUCACUUCUAAGAAUUUCCUCAUCAUAUCUUAUUUACUUUGGUCUCAAUAUCAUCCAUUGGAUUUUAAAUAAUAUUUUUAAAAAUCAAUUGUUUAAUACUUCUAAAAUUAAGUGAAAAAGCAAAAUUCAUAUUUUGUGAAACGCCCAAGAUUGUUUUGCUUGAAUCUAUAAUGUAAUUAUUUUUAUUAUUAUUAUUAUUACCAUUAUUAUUUUUAUUAAACCUUUUUUUUUUACUGUUUCAUUCCAAUAAACCCAUGCUCAGUUAACUCCAGCUGAGAAGAUACCACAAAUUUAUUAAAACUAUAAAUCAAAUUCUAUUAUGCAAAAUUUUAUUUUUCAUAAAUGUUAUUAUAUUUUCUAAUAUGACUUAAAGAUGAGAGAUUAUAUAUUAACCAUAAAGUAAUUUUUGCUCAUUUAAAAAAAAUAAAUAAAUAUGAUCAGUUGUUUCUUCUUCCCAG